CUUUUUUAAUCUUGACCGUAGGCACCGCGGCAUCCAGCUUCGCGUCGACUCACAGAAACGCGGUUACAAAGAGUUGGGAAGAGCUUCGAAGGAGCACCAUGAAAACUUGCACGGCCUCCUCACUUUCUUUCCCACUUUUUGCCGCCUGUCUUUUCCUUCUUUGCGUCUCUGCAGAGAGCGGUGAUAACUGUGAAGUAAACGUGUGUCAAAAUGGAGGAACAUGUUUGACAGGAGCAGGGAAGGAUCGCUUUAGGUGUAUCUGCUCAGAUGGCUUCACAGGAGAGACCUGCAAUGAGACUGACACUGGGCCCUGUCAUUCAAACCCCUGCAAAAAUGAUGCCAUUUGUGAAGUCAUUGCCAGCUCGACUAGAGGGGACGUCUUUAGCGGCUAUGUGUGCAGGUGCCAAAAAGGCUUUGAGGGCAUUCACUGCCAGAACAAUGUGGACGACUGUGCAGGUCAGCCAUGCCAAAAUGGGGGUCAGUGCCGAGACCUUGAUGGAGAUUUUACCUGCAAAUGCCCAUCACCUUAUGUCGGAAAGCAUUGCCAACUGCGCUGCAUCUCUCUGUUGGGGAUGGAGGGUGGUGGCAUAGCCGAGUCUCAAAUCACUGCUUCUUCUGUCCACUAUGGCAUGUUGGGAUUGCAGCGCUGGGGGCCUGAGCUGGCUCGUCUCAACAAUAAAGGCCUAGUGAAUGCCUGGACUUCAGCCUCACACGACAAGAAACCCUGGAUCGAGAUCAACAUGGAAAGGAAGAUGCGUUUCACUGGCAUCAUCACCCAGGGUGCUAGCCGUAUGGGCACUGCUGAGUAUAUCAAAUCCUUCAAGGUGGCCUCCAGUUUGGAUGGACGUACAUACACCAUCUACAAAGCUGAGGACCAGAAGGCAGACACAGUUUUUGUGGGAAAUGUGGACAAUGAUGGCACAAAGACCAACCUGUUUGACCCACCCAUAAUAGCUCAGUACAUCCGCAUUUUGCCCUUGGUGUGCCGUAAAGCCUGCACCCUGAGAAUGGAGCUAGUGGGCUGCGAACUUAACGUGUAUUUGAACACGACAGGUUGCUCAGAGCCACUGGGUUUCAAGUCGCGGCUCAUUGGUGACAGUCAGCUGACAAGCUCCAGUUCCUUCCGCACGUGGGGCAUCGAGGCCUUCACCUGGCACCCGCACUACGCACGUCUGGACAAGCAGGGCAAGACUAAUGCCUGGACUGCUGCCACCAACAGUAGAUCUGAGUGGCUACAGGUGGACUUGCUAUCACCUAAGCGGAUCACAGGAAUCAUCACGCAGGGGGCUAAAGACUUUGGGAAUGUGCAGUUUGUUUCAGCCUACAGAGUGUCUUACAGUGACGACGGCAAGCACUGGACCGUGGUGAAAGAUGACAAAACAAAGAGCGAUAAGAUCUUCCCCGGCAACAGCGAUAACAACGUGCACAAAAAGAACGUGUUUGAGCCGCCCUUCUACGGCCGAUUCGUCCGCAUCCUCCCGUGGGCGUGGCAUGAGCGCAUCACUGUGCGAAUGGAGCUGCUGGGCUGUGCUGAGUAAAGCCCUAAGUCCCCCGCUCUCUCGCUUUCUUACUCCUCCUUUACCUCCCUCCGUCCCCUCCUUCCUGAGACACAUAUGCACUGCCUCGGUCCCAGCACCAGAGGGCGCUAACACCACACAACCCCAAACAGCAGGGAACUGAGCUUACAGGGAGCUUCAGGGAUAUCCCAUGGUUUAUUAAAAAAAAAAAAAAAAAAAAAAAAAAACAAUACCAAAAGCUGCAUCGCUAGCUCAGAACAACACAGCAAGAUUUUGCCACAAUAAGUAGUUGGUGCAAACUGAAAUCCAGAAUCGCUUACUGUUAUGUGAUUAGCAGUAGAAUGGUCUGUUCCUUUGAGACUGAAGUGCUCUACAGAGAUACUAUUACUAUUAAUGAUACCAUUGCAGUGUGCUCAUUUAGCUAGGCUAGAAUGAUGUACAAAAAGUGGCCCAUUUUUAAAGUGAAGAAAUAUAUGGAUAAAUUGUAUUUUGUUAAAAGGAAAAAUGUACAUAACAAAUGGGUCAUUAAAUAGUCAUGUUUGUGUUAGUUAAUUAGUUGUAAAUGCAUUGUCCACUUGUAAGAUUUUAAGUUGGUGAAGUUUGUGAGUAGUUCAUAGCAAGAUAACUAACUGGUUGUGAGCAUGACUUUUCAAAAGGCUGUAUAUUUUUUUGGUUUCCAUUUUUGUAAUUAUUAUUCAGUUUUAUACCUUUUGAAUCCAUGUUCAACCAUACCUUGAAGUAUAACAAAGAAAUAGCAGGUAUCUAUCAGUUACUCAGUAUUAUAAAACCUUAAUGCUUUGGCCCAACACUGCCACGGAUCUUUCUCAGGUAGAGUUGAAUCAAUUGCAAUGUGCUACUGAUUUUUAACACAUUAUUCCAAAAUAAACCAUAACCUUUUGAAUAUCCUCAGUUCAGAAGCCAAAGUGAUCUGUUUCUUCCAUGUUAAUCUGGUGCCCCUGCUUUGGGUGUUCAACCAAAUACAUUAUGUCUAAUAUAUUCAGUGAUAAGCUGGGUCAAGGAUGUUUGAAUUUUUUUUAGGUUCUUAGAGCUGCUUAUAAAAAACCAUAUGCAGUUCCCCCAGUAAGGGGGUGAAAAUCUAAUUUAGGAUGAUUUCUACGGUUGCACUGAAGCUCUGACAUAACCCACCCCAAUCUACAUAAUGCUCUCACGGUGCUGUGUUGUGAGCCCCCUCCCUUGUGACCCGCCUAUGAAUUAUGAAUUUUGGGCUUGUGCAAUAUGAUGUGAGUAUUAAUAUUAAUGAAAAAUAUUAAUGGAACAUGCUUAGAAAAAAAAUGGGCAGUAUUUUUCUCUAUUGCUUUAAGAUGAAGAUUUAGAAGUACUGAUUGAUGGUAAGAAACACUGACCAUAUGUUUUGACAAUUCAAAAUGGAUGUGUAUUUAGAGGCCGCAUGCAUUUUAAAAAUUCUCAUCUUUCAUCACCAUUGUCAGCAUAUGAUUUUUAUCAGAGAUUUUUUACUUCACCACAAGCACACAGCAAGUUUUUUUACUUCUAUUCAGUAUCUUCUUUGUUCUGUCUUGUUUUCCCUGAUAAUUAAUGUGCUUUUUAUGUUUCAUACUAUAGGGCAGAUUUCCAGGCCUGGAUAACAUGCUUAGAUUUGAUUAAUUUCCUGAGUGUAUCUCUCUCUCUCUGAUUAUUUCUUCAUGUUCUUAAUAAACGAAAACAUAAAUAAAGUGUUAAAAUAGA